GCGGGUCUCCGAGGGCGGGGAGAGAGGCCAUAUAUACAGGCUCCUGGGGAUGUGGGAAGAGCGCCUUGUAUCACAUCCGACGGGGUUAGGAAGACUUUCUUAGGUGAGGGCAGGACGUGACCCAGCCGAGGAAUCUUAACUACCUCUCAGGGAUCCUUCCCUGGUGAGGCAGCUUGCGAAGAAAAUGGCUUUGGAAAAGAGAUACAGAAAUGGAGGCAAACCAUUUUAAUUUCACUGGCCUUCCCUCUUCACCUGCUGCCUCAGGACUGAAACCUGCUCCUUCCUCAGGGGACAAUGUCUACACAAAUGGAUCUCCUAUGAACUUCCCCCAGCAAGGCAAAAGUUUAAACGGAGACAUGAAUGUUAAUGGCUUAUCUACUGUAUCUCAUGCUAGUACUUCAGGGACCCGUUCCUCAAACAACUCUCACCUCCAUCACCCCUAUGACUAUCUCUGGAAUUACUCCCAGUUUCCCUCUGGCAAUGGCAACAACCUCAAAGAUGGUCCACUGUUCUCCCAAUAUCCAUUGAACGGUACCCUUGAGAACAAUCGGCAGAACUCACCUGGACAUACCGCCAGUCUGAGGGGAAGUGGUGGGCAAGAGUUCUGGGCCAAUGGCACCCCAGGGACCAUAGGAUUAAAUUUUGACUCAGCAGAGCUCUACGACUCGUUCCCUGAUGAUCAGAACUUUGAAAUCCUACAAAAUGGCCCAUCAAGCUUCUACACAUCAUCUCAGCCUUCUCCCAUGCUUGCUUCAGGGAAUCAGGAUUUCUCACCACAGCAGGAUGAGCCAAGCAAUGAAGAGGCUGUGAAAGAACCACCAUCUACAGUUUCAGAAAAUGGCACCAGAUUGUUGGGCAGUAUGGAGCUGGAGAAUGCACAACCAGAGUUGAAAAUAUGUGGCUACAAUGGUUCUUCUCCCGUUGUUGAGCCUCUUAGCCAAGAGGCCUCUGUCUUGGAACCUGAUGCUGGGGCUGGUUGUCUUGAAGAUGCUUCUCGGAUCCCUCCUCCUCUGGAAGACUCUUUGGAGCCUUUUGAGUCACUAGACAGAGACCCAGGGACAGGAGAUCUGUAUGAAAUGGAUACAUCUGAACUUGUGAGUGGCAAGUCUCCACUGGAGGACCCUCCUGACAUUUCUGCCUUGGAUUGUCCUGGCAGCCCGUCUCUCAACCACUCUGACUCCUUCAGCCUGUUGGCAGAUGACAGUCAGCCUGAUACCUCUCUUUUUGGAAGUGCCAGUUUGCCUCCUGUUCUUGGAGAGUCAGUUUUGCAAGAGAGCACCCUGGAGCUGACAGGUGUGAGUGAAGUAGGGCAAGAGGACACAGAGUUUCUUGAUUCACAGGCACCCCUUGAACCAGAAUCUCUAAGUGCCUCUUUGGAAGAGUCAGUCAAGAGCAGUUGUCCAGGCAAUCCUAUACCCAUAAUAGACAGGGACAGCAAAGAAGCUUCAGCACUAAAUGUGUCCACCAAAAGUGAUAUUCCAAGAAGGAGAAUAGCCACAGUAGAAGAGGUGCGCUACCCCUUGAAGCAUGGAUGGCGAAGGGAGGUGCGCAUCAAGAAAGGGAGCAACCGAUGGCAGGGAGAAACCUGGUACUAUGGACCCUGUGGCAAGAGGAUGAAGCAAUUUCCAGAGGUGAUCAAGUACCUGAGCAGAAAUGUUGGGCAGAGCGUCCGCCGUGAACACUUCAGCUUCAGUCCCCGAAUGCCAGUGGGAGAUUUCUUUGAAGAGCGAGAUACAUCUGAGGGCUUGCAGUGGGUAAAAUUGACACCUGAGGAAAUCCCUUCACGUAUCCAGGCCAUCACGGGUAAACGUGGCCGCCCACGGAAUACUGAGAAGGCCAAGGCUAAGGAAAUGCCCAAAGUGAAACGUGGACGGGGCCGACCUCCCAAAGUUAAAGUGCCUGACCUGCUGAGCAAGACGGACAUCAGAGCUUUGAAAAAGCUGGAAGCCCAAGAGGUUCUGAGCGAUGAAGAUAAGCUGAAGAUGACCAAGAUCAAGAAGAAAAUGAGACAAAAGUUACAAAAUAAGCAGAAGCAGGAAGCCAAGACGCCGAAGGCCAAGGAGGCCAAACCUAAGGAAACAAAAAAGAAGCCUAAGCCCCAAGUCAAGAAGGAGAAGAGUAAGCCAGAAAAGAGCAAGCCGGAGAAGCCAAAGGAGAAAGUGAAGUUGAAAGAAAAAGUGAAGCCCAAGGAAAAGAAAGUGGCACCAUCAGGGAAAGCUCCCCGGAAAGUUGAUAAGAAUCUCCUUGCUCAGCGCCGUCAGGAAGAACGGCAGCGGCAGCAAAUGAUUUUGGAGGAAAUGAAAAAGCCCACUGAGGAUAUGUGUUUAGGAGACCAUCAGCCCCUGCCAGAAUUUUCUCGCAUUCCUGGAUUGGUUUUGCCCAGCCAAGCCUUCUCAGAUUGCUUAGCCAUUGUGGAAUUCCUACAUAACUAUGGCAAGGUGCUGGGCUUUGAUGUAGCCAGGGAAGUUCCCAGUCUGAGUACCCUCCAAGAAGGCCUCUUCAAUGUAGGAGAUAGCUUGGGUGAAGUGCUGGAUCUCCUGGUAAAGCUGGUGAAAGUGGCAUUGUAUGAUCCUGGCCUUCCUCCAUGCUGUCAGACUUUGAAGAUCCUUGGUGAAAAACUCACUGAAAUAAGCCUGAACCGUGACACUGUAUCUGAGGUCCUGCGCUGCUUCCUCAUAGCCUAUGGGGGAGAUGAAAGCUUGUGUGACAGCUUGAGAACUAAACCCUUCCAGGCACUUCCCCCAGAUAAAAAGGCUGCUAUCCUAGCCUUCUUGGUGAACGAGCUCAACAGCAGCACCCUUAUCAUCAGUGAAAUUGACAAGACUCUAGAGAGCAUGUCCAACCAUAGAAGAAAUAAAUGGAUCAUUGAGGGGAAGCUACGCCGAUUAAAGAUUGCCCUAGCUAAGAGGACUGGGCGUCCUGAAUCAGAAAUUACUGGUUUGGAGGAAGGACGAUGGCGACGGAGCUCCCGCAUCAUUGAGGAGAAUGAGGAUAAAGAAAUAGAAGAAGAAGAAAAAAGAAGAGCAUGCAAAGCCCGGAGAGAUACUGAAAAUGAAAGUUUGAUUUCCAGUGUGCCAGAGCUAGAGAGGCAAAUUGAAAAGCUUUCCAAGCGCCAGAUGUUCUUUCGCAAGAAGCUGCUCCAUUCCUCGCAAUUGUUACGGGCAUCAUCACUGGGGCAAGAUCGGUAUCGACGGCGGUAUUGGGUCCUGCCUCAUCUGGGUGGGAUCUUUAUAGAAGGUUGUGAGGCCUCAGAAGCAGCCUCCCUCCCAGUGUCCAAGAACUCAUUGGAAAAGGGAGAGGCUCUGAAAGAGGAAGAACAUGAAGCACUGUCAAUCAAAAAAGAGAACACUGGCACACCCUCAGAUCCUGAUUAUAUGAACUGCACAACUUCAAGAUCAUGGAGUUGGCCAUGGAGAGGCAAUGUAGGCAUGUCGCCACCAGAGCACCUGGAAUCCAAGUUGCCAGAGCCCACACCCUUGUCUGUCAAUGGGUAUUUGGAAGAUCCUGUGUCCCUGGGCCAGUCUCAGCAUGACCUCAGUCAGUCAGCCUUUCUAUCUUGGCUCAGCCAGACACAGCAGGCCUCUUCAUUGUUUAACAGCUCUGUGCUCACCCCAGACAGUAGCCCUGGCAAAGGGGAUCAGUUACCCCCAGAUGAUCUGCCAGACUCUACAGCAGAUGAUGAAAGUAUCACAGAAACACAGGUGGCCUGGUUCAAUCUGCUGCCUAGGACACCAUGUAAUGACUCUUCAAUUGGUCCUUCCACUGAACAAUCCUCUCGAACUUCGCAGCUCUGCAAGCCAGCUACCAGAGAUCAGUCAAAGACCUCAGGUCGGCAGCUGAAUGGCUAUUCCACCUCUAGCCCAGCACUGCCACCACUGUCCUCUGCUCCACUGCAUUCCAGCUCCAGGGUCCACAGCACUUGCUCCAGAGCCAAGGAUAUUUCCAAGAAGGCCCUUGAACCUUUAGGGCAGCCAAGGCGACGGGGACGCCCCCCCACUAAGCUUUUCAAACAGAUUGAGCAGAAAUACUUGACACAGCUGACAGCACAGCCUAUACCUCCUGAGAUGCAGAGUGGCUGGUGGUGGUUGCAGGAUCCAGAGGAGCUGGAAGCUGUGGUGGAGGUACUACACCCACGAGGCAUCCGGGAAAAAGCCCUGCAUAAGCACCUUAUCAAGCACAAAGAUUACCUACGGGAUGUGUGUGCCCGAGCUGCCAGUGAUCCCAUCUUCCAGAUUCAUUCUGAGGCUGCCAGCCACCUUAUCUCUCAAGAAGCGCUAGUGCAGUGGUCCAUGUCUGAGCGUGCCUUUGAGACAGACCUAUCAGUGCUUCAGUGGGUGGAGGAGCUUGAGCAGCGGGUGCUCAUGGCUGAUCUACAGAUUCGAGGCUGGACGAGCCCAGAUCCUGAUUCUGUUAGGAAAGACUUGCAGUACUGUGAACAUGAACUAGAGCUCCUGGAAGACAUCACCGUAAAAAAUAGGCGAGAGGGACCUGUCCUGCAGCGUGAAUCUAACCACCCUCUGGAUCUUGCAGUGCUCCGUCUUGCAGACCUGGAGCAGAACUUGGAACGGAGAUACCUCAGAGAACCUCUCUGGCCCCCACAUGAGGUGGUGGUAGAAAAAGCUUUGCUGAGUAACCCCAGUACCCUGGAGCAGAGUAUCACAGAAAUUACAUAUGAAAUCACACCACGGAUGCGAAUGUGGCGCCAGACUUUGGAAAGAUGCCAUAGUGCAGCCCAAGUUUCUUUGUGCAUCUACCAACUGGAGCGCUCUAUAGCAUGGGAGAAAUCUGUCGUCAGAGCGACUUGCCUUGUGUGCCGAAAAGGGGAUGAUGAUGAGAAUCUGCUGCUGUGUGAUAGCUGUGAUCGUGGCUGCCAUCUCUAUUGCCAUCGUCCCAAGAUGACGGAGGUGCCAGACGGUGAUUGGUUCUGCUCUCUCUGCAUUGCUCAGAUGCAAGGGGAAUAUCAGGAUGAGUAUGGAUCUCCACGACGGGGCAAGAAGCGGAAAAGUGGUACUUCUGGGACUUUUGGGGGGAAGGAAGAGCUCAGCCCUCGAUCUCGGGCAGCAGCUGCCGCCGCCUCCCAACAACAUAAUAUCCUGGCAAACACAUCCCCUCGAUACUCAGGUGAAGGCCUCUCUCCCUCCAAACGAAGAAGAGUGUCUACCCGAGGCCAGAGCGCUGACCUGACCUUCUGCGAGAUCAUCUUGAUGGAGAUGGAAUCACAUGAAGCUGCUUGGCCUUUCUUGGAGCCUGUUAACCCCCGGCUAGUGCCUGGCUAUCGGAAGAUCAUCAAGAAUCCCAUGGACUUUGCCACCAUGAGGGCGCGGCUGCUGCGUGGUGGAUACAGCCGUUGUGAGGAGUUUGCUGCUGAUGCCGCCCUGGUAUUUGACAACUGCCGGACCUUUAAUGAAGAUGAGUCGGAGGUGGGCAAGGCGGGGCUGGCCAUGCGCCAGUUUUUUGAGAGCCGGUGGGAGGAAUUUUAUCAGGGAAAACAUGAGACAAACCCAUGAAGCUGGCAGAAUGGGGAGAAGUGCGAGGAGCCAAAGGGGAAAGUGCCUCCCCUUUUACCCUGGGCUGCACACUUGUCUCUUCUGGAGCUCAUCUUGCUACCUGCUGAUUUAAUUUUUUCCCCUUCACAAUGACUGGACUUGGAUUGGCAUUUAACAUCACGCCUUGAUUCUCUUCACUCCAAGCAACACAAACUCUGACUGUAUAAGCCAAAUAAAAUAUAUAUCUCUC